AUGAGAAUGUCUCUGGCCCAAAGAGUCCUCCUGACCUGGAUCUUCUCCCUCAUCUUCCUCAUCAUGCUGGUCCUCAAACUGGAUUCCAAGAUCCCCUGGAACUGGUUCCUCAUCUUCCUCCCCGUAUGGAUUUUUGACACCAUCCUCAUCCUCAUGCUCGUGGUAAAGAUGGCGGGUCGGUGCAAGCCCGGCUAUGACCUGCGUGGAGGCCAGCAGAACCUGCGACGGAGGGUGUGGUACCUAGUGGCCAUGUUGCUGAAGCUGGGCUUCUGUCUGACGCUGUGCGCCCGGCUGGAGAGGCUGAUGGAAAUCUGGCUCAGUGUGGUGUGUGUCCCCCUCUGGGCCCUGCUGGUCGGGGCCAUGGUGGAGUUGGGCUACAGUGUCUUUCACUACCGCACAGAGUGAGAGGAUGGAGAGGGAGAAAGAUGGAGAUUGAUUUUAUUUGCUCCGUCUAGGAUAUAAAGACUGCAAGUUAGUCUGUAGGGGAGAUGAAUGUGAGAUUGUUGUAAUCCACUGUAGGAGAAACUGAACUGAAGAAUAUGGAGAUGAAUUUUUUUUUCAUUUUCACUACAGCAAAGACUGAAAGAAUGGGGGGAGAUGGAAAAGGGAAUUGAUUUGGUUUACUCCACUAGUACAGUAUGUAAAGACCACUACAAGAGAGAUUACUACAAGAGAGAGUAGUGAUAUGGCAAUAUAUUUUAUGGGUUUAUGCUGCUUACAAAUUUAAUCUUUAUUUAACCCUAGUGAUACAGCAAGAAAUGUUGCAGCCAUGUUGGUCUUUGCCAUGAUGGACUCUGGAUGAGAGUUCAGGGUAUUCAUAAGCAGACUGGACCUCCUGACAGACAGACUGACUGAUCUGUGCAUGUGCCUUUGUUACUCUCAGAUAACUGGGACCAUUAGGUCCAAUGGGUUUAUAUGUGAACAUUAAUUAUGUGUCUUUUGAAGUGGUAGGGAUCUGUUUUUCUGUGGAUACGGAGAAACACACACAAAAAUAAAUAUUUACAAUUCCUCAA